AUGUUGACCUGCCACUCCUGCCUCAGACGAAGCAUCCGUUCUCUUGUCAUCCUUGAUCUGCAAAGUGCACAUCCUGAUGUCCUUUUACCCUCCCCAACCACGACUUCUUCGACCAGAAACCAUGCCACCAUCGCAAGCAUCCAGAAGGGCCACCACCUCAAGCUUCUUAGACAAGCCUUUAGAAAGAAGGAGACCCCCAUGAGCAGGAGCGAAAGAAUUCGGGGACCAGGGCCCGUAUCGCUUCGCAAUCUCAGAGCAAAAGAAUUCAACAAGCAUCACCUUGACAUCAGAAAGCCAGACGAUACCACUAAGGUUUUGUCCAAGUACACAUCUGAUACAGGUCUUCAAACGGAGCUGAAAUGGACAGGUGGGGAUGCUUUGAAGCUGGCACAGGCGGUCUUGGACAAGCUCAAAGCUGGCAUUCCAUUACAGGCGUUGGAGAUGGUUAGAUUAAGCGAGAAGAUACCAGGCGCUGAUGGGAGCAAGGGCGUCGAUAGUGUUGUCAGCUGGAAUCAUAUCAUGGACUACUACAUGAGCAAAAGCUUAACGCGCGAGGCUUUCAAGGUCUUUAAUGAGGCAAGUUCCAUGAAGAAAAGAGGACAUAAACCAGAUGCACACACCUACACGAUAAUGCUACGUGGUUUCACGAUGCAUCACAGGAAACCACACGCAGUGGAAGAUGCAAUGAAGGUCUACGAUUCGAUAUUCCGGCCCGAGUCGAAUAUCAAACCUAGUAUCAUACACAGCAAUGCGAUAAUCAACUGUCUGGGCCGAGCUUUGAAUAUGGAUGCUCUUUGGUCCGUGGCAGGUCGUUUACCAGAUCGAGGUCCCGGCUCAGCGGAUAAAUGGACCUACACCACUAUCCUCAACACCAUGCAGGCAUGUGCCAUUAGGGAUGCUGGGCAGUUAGCAGAAACGGAUGGAGAUCAGGAGGCUGCUGCCAAGGUGAUACAAAAUGCGAUCCGCGAGGGAAGGAAAUUGUGGGAGGACGUCAUCAGUCGGUGGAGGUCAGGUGAGGUGAACAUCGACCAGACCUUGGUCUGUGCCAUGGGACGGUUGCUACUGCUUGGACAGAGGCAGGACUGGGAUGAUAUUUUCUCUCUGGUGCAGCAGACAAUGGGCUUGCCUCGAGUGACGCCACCAAUGGUCAAUCGGCAUAAGGAGAACACUCAACCAUUGCAAGAUGCGCUAGCUUUGCCCCCGCCAGAGGCAGACGAUGCAUCGCCUGAUCUUGAGCAGCUGGAGCUGGCUGUUGCGGACGAAGCGGCCCACAAAGUCAAGAAUGAAUUUGCGGUUGUCGACUUGUCGCAUCGACAGAUGGGAGGAAGGGAUGGCGCCGAUACGACAUCGCCGUAUGCGAAUGUGGCCAACAACGUGCUUUCUCUGCUGAUCGAGGCUGCCAUCAAGCUCAAGCAGAUACCGGUGGGCAAACAAUAUUGGGCCAAGCUCACACAUCCGGAUAACGAGCCUUUUGUUAUGCCCGACGACGACAACCUCCACUCAUACCUACGUCUUCUGCGCAUGUCUCGGUCCAGCAAAGAAAUCUGCGAUCUGCUUCGCCAUCCAGUCAAUGGUGCUCUGGAGGGUGUUUGGUACCGACGGGGUACCUUUGUGAUCGCCAUGUCAACUUGUGCAAGGGACUUCAAGAAUCCAAACGUCUUCACAUAUGCGUCAACGAUCCUCGAUCUCAUGCAGAGCAAGCUGAGCAAACCGGAUCUUAAGAUUAUGACCAUGUAUCUAUCUCUAGCGAUGGUUACCACACCUGGCAUAUCAUCCGAGAUUGAAGGCGAAUUCAAUGCGGAGCCCGGGGCAAACAACCUCAUCAAAGCAGUUCGCCGUUUCACUUAUUCUGAUUUGGAUUACAGAGCCAUUGUGAGCGAGUGGGCUGGGGAUGAUGGAGAGGGGAGAAACGAGGACGAAGAUGAGGCUGACGAGAAGCUCUUCGUGGGUCGUUCGCGCUCUCCACAUCGCAGUAACAAGUUUGACAACAAAGAACCACGGUCUCCACCAGAAGAUCUUCUCGAAUUCAUGCAGACCCUUAACAGCGCUUAUGACAAGCUUCUCAAUUACAGACUAAAAAUGACGGAGAAAUUGGCCACAGCCUUCACCUGUCAAAAAAGAGAGGUCAGCCAAGCACUUCAGAAGCUCCAUCCAGAGGCCGUAUCUCCUUCACGCUUGAAAUCUGAUAGUGAAGCGUUCGAAGACACUUUCAAGGAGCAGGGUGCAGUGUUUAGAUCCAAAAGGUAUCCGGACAAGCUGGGCCGGAGCAGUGAUCAGAAGAUCAGAGGACCGAGGGUGGUGGAUUUGGAGAAGCGGCACCCUUUCCGGAGGGAUUUGGAAGAGAGUGAGGGAGGAAAUACUCGAGAUGACCGGCGAUCAGAACGAGGUCCCCGGCAUCGUGGUCGAGAAGAGCGGUGGCAAGAGCAAAGUCAUAGAUCUGGACAAGAUGCUAGAGAGAACCAUUGGCCAAAAGGAGGUUCGCGGCCGCCCAUGUCAUCCAGGGGUGCUCGAGAGGACGAAGGGACGGGACGAUUUCCACAGUUUUCUAUGUCAUACGGUGGCUAUCAAGAGGAUCGACCGCCGGGACGCGGUUCCGCGUAUCCAAGGUCAUCUAGGGACAGCCCAGGAGACCGACGGCGUGAACGAGCUUCGGGUCCUCCUAUGUUCCGCAGAAAUAAUCGAGAAGACCGACGGCCAGAACGAGGUUCGCCGCGGCAUGGCUUGUUCAAAGGAAGUGGUGAUGAGCGGAGGCCGUAUCGAGGCUCGGAUUCUCCCAUGUCACACAGAGAUGAUCGGGCGAGUCGACGGCCGGAACGAGACUCGGGUUUCUCACGGGGAGACCCGGGUUUCUCACGAAAAGACAACCGAGACAACCGACCGGCAAGACAGAGUUUUGAUUCAUCUCCAGUGUCUGAAGGGUGGAGCAAGGCGUGGAAGCAGUCUGUCGAAAAGUCAGGAGAGGAGGGGAGCAGGAAGGAUUGGGUGGUUCUAUGA